GAAGGGCUCGCUCCAGCUGGGCUGGACUGCAAGCGGCGACGGCGGCACGGAGCGCGCGGGGCCGGCAUGGCUGCAGCUUGCAAGAAGAUCGCCAUCUUCGGCGCCACCGGCAUGACCGGCCUGGCCACCCUCGCGCAAGCCAUUGAGGCCGGCUACCAGGUGACCGUGCUGGUGCGGGACCCGGUGCGGCUGCCUCCGGAGCUCCACCCGGCACACGUGGUGGUGGGGGACGUGCUGAACCAGGCGGACGUGGACAAAGCGGUGAAGGGGCAAGAUGCCGUCAUUGUCAUCCUGGGCACACGCAACGACCUCAGUCCCACCACGAUGAUGUCCGAAGGCACGCGGAACAUCGUGGCAGCCAUGAAGUCCCACGGCAUCCGCAAAGUGGUCGUUUGCCUGUCAGCCUUCCUGAUGUGGGAUCUGGACAAGGUUCCUGCCAAGCUGCAGCCAGUGACUGAGGAUCACAUCCGCAUGCAGCAGAUCCUGAAGGAGUCGGGGCUGGACUGUGUCUACGUCAUGCCGCCUCACAUUGCAGGGGACCAGCCGCUCACAGGGGACUACACGGUGACCGUCGAUACAUCCAGUGGCUCCAGAGUCAUCUCCAAGCACGACCUCGGGCACUUCUUCCUCAAGUGCCUAACCACCUCCGAGUAUGAUGGCAGGAACGUCUACCUCUCCAGGUAUUACCCCAAGGAAUGAGCCUGCGGCCUGGUCCCCCCCUCCCCGCCAUGGGUGGAGGUGGAGGGGCAGCGACGAAGAAGGCCCUGCCUCACGGACAAGGCCAUCCUCCAUGGCAAUCUGACACUGCCUUCACCAACCCGUCCGCCUGCCGCCAGCUCUUGUGCUAACGAGUGCCUUUCCCGCUUCGCGUGAGCCCUGAAGGGUGGGGGUGCCCACCCAGAAGCCGUGUGGUUCCCUUGCAUGUCGACAUUGUUCUGAAGUAAAGGCCGUGGAGUGCGUCGUGCCACGCUUGUGUGUGCUUGUGCAGUGGAUCUGGGCUGCCCUGCGCCCCUCGCUGCGCCCGGGGGAAGGAGGCUGCUGCGUGCUGUGGGAGGGAGCUGGGCCCGCGAGCCUCGGCUCUCCUGCUCUGGCAGCCCUUGGCAGGAAUGUAUCAUUUUAGAAUUACACAGAACCCAGUGGGGAGAAGAGCAGCCAAGGGCCAGGAUCUGUCCCACCAGCAGGUCCUGGGUGACUGAGAAGUUAGCUGAAAGACAACUAACGUAUUACAUAAGGCCACCAACCAAUGCAAAGUGCUAAAAGUUUUGGACUGGAAGUGAAUAUAUUUGUAUUAAUGUUAACAAGUAACUUUGCUCUCAGUAUAGCUGAGGAAUUCAGUUCCGGCUUCCUUGCUGAAAAGUUGUGUAAUUUGAAAGCAUAUAUGCUUGUAACAGAAGUCAUUCAAAUAAAAAAUAUAUUUUGAUCUA